AUGUUUUGCUAUGUGUACACAAAACUUAAAAUUGCCCCAGAAACAGCUAACAAAGCAUCCAGUCAAGAAACGGCUAACAAAGCAUCCAGCCAAGAAACAGCUAACAAUGCAUCCAGACAAGAAACAGCUAACAAUGCAUCCAGACAAGAAACAGCUAACAAUGCAUCCAGCCAAGAAACAGCUAACAAAGCAUCCAGACAAGAAACAGCUAACAAUGCAUCCAGACAAGAAACAGCUAACAAUGCAUCCAGCCAAGAAACAGCUAACAAUGCAUCCAGACAAGAAACAGCUAACAAAGCAUCCAGACAAGAAACAGCUAACAAAGCAUCCAGCCAAGAAACAGCUAACAAAGCAUCCAGACAAGAAACAGCUAACAAUGCAUCCAGACAAGAAACAGCUAACAAUGCAUCCAGCCAAGAAACAGCUAACAAUGCAUCCAGACAAGAAACAGCUAACAAAGCAUCCAGCCAAGAGAAUCAAUUAAGCCUUUUUUAA